UCUUUUGUUCAGUUCUUUCGUUCUUUUGUUUUUCCAUCCACCUGGCUCUUAUGUGGGGUGUUUCAAUUUGAUCGUGAUGCAUGUUUGUUGUUGGUUAGGGGGAUUUUCAAUUGUGGGUUGUGUUUAGAACUUCGUGCAAAGUCGUGAUAUGUGUUCCAGUGCAAUGGAGGUGGUGUUUUUCCUUGUUCUAUGAAAUUCUGUAGGUUUGUCUUGUACAGUCAACUUGGUUGUGGUUAUGGAGUAUGCGGCUCGUUUUGCACCUUAAGACGAGGGGCCAGCUGCGAAUUGCAACUCGUUUCGUGUUUGGCCUGAGAAACGUAAUGCAGUUCCGUGGGUUUUAGCCACUGCGGUGCAAGAUACCACGGGGUUGUGUGCGUGGAUGUGGGUAUUUGACGAAAUUGGAAAGGUCUCUUUGGGGAAAGAGGGGACGCGGUGCGGAUUGUGAUGCAGACAAUAAAAUGAGUGUACGACGGAUUGGCAACUUACGACGCCUCACAUGCUGUCUACGACCCUGUUCUUUUCACCAAGUUCAACCGGGUGCUGCUAGAUCUUUUGUUUGCAAUCCAGAUCCACUUGUAUAUUCGAAACAAGCUUUGGCCUAUUCCCGUUUUGGAUUCCUUUGUCAUCCAACCGGUCCCUUGUCUCGGUCUUUACUUUCAAGUAGAUCUUACAAAGUCAUUACUGCAGCCAUGGCGUCUGAUUUCCAAUCUCAGUGGGCACGACGACCUCAUUCGGAGCCUCCCCCCAAAGCUCCAAAUGGUGGAAAGUACAAAAUUGCAGUAUGCCAACUUUGUGUUACGUCUGACAAGGAGACAAACAUAGCCAAUGCACGUGACAGGAUCGAGGCUGCUGCUGAUAAGGGGGCUCAGCUCAUUGUUCUUCCUGAAAUGUGGAACUGUCCAAUCUCGCAUGAAAGCUUCCCAAUAUAUGCAGAAGAAAUUGAUGCUGGACUUGAAGUAUCUCCAUCUUUGGCCAUGCUGGCUGAUGUUGCAAGGAAGAAGAAGGUCACCAUCGUGGGUGGAUCUAUACCUGAGCGAAGUGGUGGUAACUUAUAUAAUACUUGUUGCGUCUUUGACAGAAAUGGUGAUCUGAAAGCCAAGUUCCGCAAGGUACAUCUAUUUGACAUUGAUAUACCAAGAAAGAUCACAUUCAGAGAGUCUGAUACACUAACUCCUGGAGAAGGACUCUGUGUUGUUGACUUGGAUGUUGGGCGAGUCGCAGUUGGAAUUUGCUAUGAUAUUCGCUUCCCUGAGAUGGCUAUGUUGUAUGCUAGUCGUGGGGCACAUAUUAUAUGCUAUCCAGGGGCCUUCAAUAUGGUCACUGGUCCUCUCCAUUGGGAACUGCUGCAGAAAGCCAGAGCUGUAGACAACCAGAUAUUUGUUGUGACUUGUUCACAAGCCCGAAUUCCAAGCGCUGAUUAUACUGCGUGGGGUCAUUCCACUGUUGUCGGUCCUUUUGGCGAAAUUUUAGCUACAACCGAGCAUGAGGAAGCCACCAUCUUUGCAGACAUUGAUUAUUCUGAACUUGACACAAGAAGACAAAACAUGCCACUUGAAUUCCAAAGGCGGGGCAACCUUUAUCAUCUCACUGAUGUAACAAGAAAAGAACUGGCAGCAAACCCAAUGAAACAAGGAUCAACAAGUUGACUACUAAAUGCCAUUAUAUAUUUGGCAAAAUAUUGAGUCGAAGUGUAAAAAAUGUUUUGUUAAUGUUUGUUACAAUACCUUAUCAUGAAAGUGCAUACAUGUCGUAAAUUUGUAAAACAAUAUAUACUUGAUAGUUUUAAAUUGCCUAAGAUCUA